GUCCCUUGAUUUUUCUCUUCGUUGCAAAUGGGCCUGACCCCUUUUAUAUCGUUACUCACAGGUCAUAAAUUUUCAAAGGGGAAAUACUAUCUCGAUCGGAAAGGUACUGAGACCAAAAAUAACAAACAAUAAAGAUCAAAGUAAGAGAAAUUUCUCAAGAUUUCAUCUCGUGUGAGGAAACGAUUCUUCUAAGCUUUGAUAGGAAGCGAGCUUUCAGUUUAAGUGCAUUUGACUGUGUCAUGUUGUGAUGGCCAAUAAACUCGGCUACUCCUAGAAAGAAAACUCAGUCAAUUGUAAUUGUUUUGAAGGGCGAGUCUUUGACCUUUCUUACAUCGUAAUUAAAAGUUGUGAUGAGCCUCAAAAAUUUUCUCUCUUUUUCAACUCAUCGAUUCUUCACUUGCGUCCGUCUGUAGUCGGUCAUUUUUCAGCGCUGAUUGAAAAACCUUGGGGCAACUCCUUCGAGGUGUUUAUUUACAUCGUGAAACACGCACGCGGCUGAGAAAGUCAGACUGUUCGCGGUGAAACUUUUUUGGCAGGUUAUUAAUCAUGCGUCAACGGGUGAUGCCACAUAUGCAAAGGGCCUGCGCCAAAGAGACUCCAUUCGAAACGCGCGACAAAAGAUGCCGUUUGUAUCAUGUGCUGAAAUAGACGCGGGCCGCUAGUGGUUUGGCGCCGCCCUAUGGCGUUUUCUUCCGCGAGAGGACAUUAAUCAAAUCGCUUGACGGAAAUUUAUGACUCAAUUGCUCGGAGAUUUAUUGCAGGUUAUCGCAACACUUGUUCUUCGUGUUAUGUUUCAGCAAGCCCCUGGAAAACGUUUCAAUAUGGUGAAAAUAUAAAUAAAGUGCUUUAGAUUUUGAAAUCCAGAGAUUAAAGGGCUGGAAAUAGUGGCAUGCAACGCGUGCAAAAUUACAUGACUUUAUCAUCACUUAGAUGUACGCUGGUGUAUUUAGCGAGUUGAUCUGGCUUGAUAUGUGGAUGAAAGUUUCCUAACAAAUGCACUGCACCAGAGAACGCCGAGGUCAUGAACUCAGCGUGCUACUCGAAUCUGAUUGGUCGAAAUGGGUCACGUGAAGCAGUGAAAAAGUUCUUGCACUAGUCUAUUUGUCAUAACUCAUGUUGUUAAGGGUUAAGAUGUCAGGUCCAUAUAAAUCAUCUUCGACAAACAUGGCCCAUCCAUCGCUUUAUCCCAGCUCGGCAGAGAUUUAUGCCCAGCAAUACACUUCACAGCUGUCCUCACAAUUUGAGCGUCAAAUCAGUUUGACAGGGAAUUAUUUUCCCUUCUUGGACGUUACAACCCGAAGAUCGGGUAUUCAGAGUUCUAACUGCGCGCCAUCACGGCAGAGCAGUAGUGCGGGAGAUGCAAGGGCUUCCAUGUCUCAUCACACAACACCGAUUCCAGACUAUCUCCUUCAGCCAAUUUAUCCGUGGAUGAAAUCGAAGAAAGGCGGCAAGUCAGAGUUUGGAUUUGGACAGAGGCAAGCGAAGCGGCAUAGAACGAGCUACACCAACAAGCAGCUGUUAGAGUUGGAGAAAGAAUUUCAUUUCAACAAAUAUCUAUGCAGUUCUAGAAGAAGCGAGAUCGCCAAGACACUAAGUCUGUCUGAGAGGCAAGUCAAAAUCUGGUUCCAAAACCGUCGAAUGAAAUGGAAGAAAGACGACAAAGUCAACGAUUCAUCAUCAGGAAAAACUAAAGAACAUUUAAACGAUACACAAGGAUCACAACGACACUACAUGUCAUGUUCCCCUCUCUGCCAUUCUCCGCCCGUUCACCAAGCCUGCCAAGCGGACAACUUUCACUUGUAGGAAGAACCUAAAACAACAACAAGAUGACAAGGAAUCUCGCUUAAAUUCGAGGGUCAAUCAGUUCCCUGGACUCGCUGCGGUACGUUAAUUGUCGUAACCUCGUGAAUCAGAGCGUUAUUUAAUGGAAGGAACUCUUGUUAGUAAAGAUCAGUGCUUUCCGCCUUCACACAUUUGUAAUCCAGUGUUAAUCCUUCUGAAAAAGCCAAUCGACACCAAAUUUCCUUUCUCUUUGUUAAAGGUGUGAAUGUUGUUGAGAAGAGCUUUUAUACCGAGAGUUCCUGAUCUAAGACAUUUAUUUAUUGAACGUAAUUUUUGCUCGUUGCCUUCGCGCAUCGUGGAAUUUGUACAAAUAUUCAAUCUAUACCUUACAAUAAACACUUAGAUUAAAACAGCCAGUUCCCCUGUGACCGUAAAUCACUGCAAACGUAUUUUGUUUCGCUAAGACAGCUAGUGCGACUCCUUCAGCUUUUUAAAGAGAUUCUGACAGCUUAGAAAAUUGCACCUUGGUCUUCCCGCUAUCUUGUUAGUGGCAUUCUUUUAUACCACCAGCCAAGAUGGCGCGAAGUUCGCUCUUCAAGGACAUUCUGGCGUUCUGUUCUUAUAGCCUUUAGAAAAUUACUCUAUCAAUUACGUUCCACUAAGAUUUAGCGACAUGUAUUGUUGCGUUAGAAAUAAACUAUAUUUUUCAUAA